AUGAUGUGCUUGCUGAGCGCUGGAGAGGAUGGGGCCAUCAAGAUCUGGUCGCUGAACGCGGGCACACUGACGUUUCAGGCGAGCGUGGAGUCGGCGCACGAUGGCGGGGCGGUGUCCCAGCUCCAGUUCGACCCUGCUCGCAAGCUUCUGGUGAGCGCAGGGUCUGACAAGCGGAUCCGCGCCUGGCUUUUCUCGCCUAAAGUGAACGGCCUCCUGCAGAUUGCCUCUGCGGUGCAAGGCGCGGGGCCGGAUCCGCCCAGCGGCGGCCGGCCGCCGGCCGAACGCUCGCCCAUGGCGCGGCGGGUGUUGGGCCGCGCUCUGCGCGCCCGGCAUUUGGUGCUGUCCUUCUCGGUGCUGCUGACAGCGGCGCCAUGCUUCGCCAGGCCCAGGUUCACGGCGCUCAGAGCGGAGCCCGACGAGGUGCGGGAGGCCAUCCGCCAGAUGCGGGCGCGGGAGAUGAAGCGAGAGCUGGAGGCCGCCGGCGUCAACGCCGCGGAUCUCUUCGAGAAGGAGGAGUUGGCCGAGCGCCUCUGGCAGCUGCGCACCGGCGCCAUCCAGGGGGCCCCCGCCGCGGAGCCGGCGGCGGAUGUGGCGCCGGAGCCGGAUCCGAAGGAUCCGAAGGCAGUGAGCGAUGCGCAGCCCGCGGACUUCUUGGAGGCCUGCCGGGCGAUGCGGGUGAAGGAGCUGCGCACGGAGCUGGGGCAACGGGGCAUCUCCUGGGCAGACUGCCUGGAUAAGGACGAGCUGGUGCAGCGCCUGGCCCAGCAGCUGGCGAAAGAGGCCGCCUUCAGCUCCCAUCUGAAGCCCGGGGUCGUCACCAAGAUCACCGGCCCGGAGCUGCAGGAUGAGCUCAAGGACUCGGCCACGCCCCUGCUGCUGGAUGUCUAUGCCACGUGGUGCGGGCCCUGCAAGAUGAUGGAGCCCCAGAUGGAGGCGGCGGCCAAGAAGCUCGGGGAGCGGGUGCGCAUGGCCAAGAUGGACUCAGACCAGGAGAGCACCACCUCCUCGGAGCUCCGGGUGAACGGCCUGCCCACGGUGAUCUUGUUCGACCGCGCAGGGAAGGAGGUGGCACGGCAGGAGGGCGCUCUCAUGGAGAGCCAGAUCUUGGACCUGGUGAAGCCGUAUCUGUGA